AUGGCAAGUGAGAAUGGCGACCUCGGCGCUUUCAGAGAUGGGAGUGCCGAUGGGGUUGGACGAGGAGCCGAUUUGGUGAGUAGUCUAGAGCAGACGAGAGGCUACCAGAUGGAAAUGUUUCAAGAGAGCUUGAGAAGGAAUAUCAUUGUCGCGAUGGAUACCGGAUCUGGAAAGACGCAUAUCGCUGUGCUUCGAAUUAAGGCGGAGUUAGAGAAAGGAAACGGAAAGCUGUGUUGGUUUCUGGUACCAAACGUCGCGCUAGGAACACAACAACAUGAUGUUCUGAAAGGCUCGUUACCACCUGUGAAAAUAGAAUUUUUGAGUGGGAACGAUAAAGUGGAUAAAUGGAGCGACCAAGAGAUUUGGGAUGGCGUUCUAGGGUUAAAUAGUGAACAAAGCGCAGUGAUUAUCAGUACUCAUCAGGUGCUGCUGGAUGCCUUGACCCAUGGUUUCGUGAAGCUCGAAAAAAUCGGGUUGCUAAUUUUUGACGAAGCACAUCAUUGCGUUAGCUCUCACCCAGCAAACCGAAUCAUGCAGGAUUUCUACCAUGAACGGCUCAAAAAGUCGUUAUAUGUUCCCGCCAUUCUUGGACUUACGGCAAGUCCUGUGGUAAGAGCAAGGCCCGAUCAACUUCGAUUAAUUGAAGCAAAUCUAAACGCAAUUGCUCGGACGCCAGUAAUAAACCGAAUCGAACUUCUCAAACAUGUUUACCCGCCACAGCUCAAAAGAGUUAUAUACAGCUCUUCACAAUUUCAAUCCUUCACACCAUUAGCCAGAUUACCAGAGGAUAUUUCCUUCCCUAGUACGGAAAAAGUCUUGGAUAUUGACUCGGACUACUCUAACGGGAGCACAAAUGAUACUUUUAAUAUGAAAGCGCUUGAACAGGCAAUAAGUAAUAUACAUCAAGGUUGUGAUGGUGAUAGCUGCAGCGGGGAUAGCAUUUACUACUCUGAUGAGGAUACCCAUGAGACGGACGGACCUUCAAACGGAGUAGAUACUGAGAUACCUGAGGGUCAGUUCGAAAGCAUAGAUCCAAGAACAGGCGAGCCUUUUGCGAAGGAACAGGAACAGGAACAGGAACAGGAGUUCGAGAUUAUAGACCCAAGAACAGGGGAGGUCCUUAUACCCGGAAGACCACCUUCACCAGAUGCCGUUUCUGUUAAAUCAGAUACCUACGAGGUGAUCGACCCUAGAACCGGAGAGGUUUACACGCCUUCCUCUCGACGCGAGUCACCUUCACGUUCACGAUCGUCAACACCACCGGCAGCUACAUCAAUAAGCCCGCAUCGACUAUCAGUACCAUCCUCAAAUCCUUCACCGGUAAUAAUUUCUCAAGGAACCUCUUUGGCGUUUGAGUCUCUCAAAAAUGCGUAUAUGAGGAUGGAUAUUGAGAAGGAUCCGUAUAUUGAUUCUCUACGCCAAUCACCUGUCCCUAAUGAGCGUAAGAUUCAGAGCUUGAUAUCGAGUAGGGGUACCUACUGUCAAACUCAAAUGAAAGGGCUUGUCACCAAAGCGUCUCACAUCCGGAAAGAAUACGGAGUAUGGGCCACGGAAUGGUACAUCAAAGAAGCAUUAUCAAGGACCCUGCGAGGCGCCGAGGAAAUUGACGGAGAGGGAACAUUGAUAGAGUGGAAUGGCGACGAGAAAACAUAUCUAAAAUCGGUUCUAAGAAAUGUCGCAGUGCCCAGAGACGUCGGGCCUGUCGAGGGAGGGCUCACAGAUAAGAUGGAGAAGUUGAUUCAGGUCCUGUUGGAGGAGUAUCACAGCGAGGAAGAUAGAGAAGCUUUUGCCGGGCUUGUAUUUGUUGAGCAAAGAGUUGAAGUAACACUUAUGCAGCAGAUUAUCAGGACACACAGGAGCACAAAAGACCUCUUCCGGUGCGGUACGAUAGUUGGUGGAGCACAGCAUUCGGCAAGAACAGGAAAGGGGAUUUACGAACUGGUUUCUCCAAAGGAUCAAGUUGGAGUCAUUGAGCUAUUCAGAGCAGGAAAAGUGAAUCUAUUAAUAUCUACGAGCGUAGUGGAGGAAGGGCUUGAUAUUCCGGCUUGCCAUCUUGUCGUGUGCUUCUCGCUGCCGCAGAACCUGAAGAGCUUUAUACAACGUCGAGGGCGUGCUCGAAGGGCCAAGAGUACCUAUGUGUUGAUGUUCGAGGAGGGGGAUAAGGAUGGGAGUGUGGAAUACUUUGAGAAGAGGGAAAGGGAUAUGAUCGAAGAGUAUCUGGACGAGACCAGAGAGUUGGCUACGGCGGCGGCCCAGGAGGAAGAUUCGGAGGAAGACGAAAAUAAAGGAAUCCGGGGCGUGGGCACAAAACGAAAGUUUCUUAUUGAGAGUACCGGGGCUUGUUUAAACCUAGAAUCGGCAAUCACACAUCUCUAUCAUUUCUGCGACUGCUUACCACAGGGCCAGUAUAUGAACAUCAACCCAACAUUUACAUGCGAAAUUGAUCCAGACCCCCGCAAUGAAGACGGAACCAGGACCUCAGCUCAACUCUUCAGGGCCGAGGUCUUGCUCCCCAAUUGUAUCCCUCCAAAGGCACGUCAUACAAAGAGCAAGCUAUCAUGGCCUACCGAAAAAUGGGCGAAGCGGGAUGCUGCGCUCGAGGCAUACAUCGCCCUAUAUCGUCUCAAACUUGUUGAUGAUCAUUUAAUGCCCCUGUUGCGGACAGAUGCGGAUAUCGAUGCCAUGAAGGAUGUCGAGAAGAGACCUUCUAAGGUUCCAGUCGAGACUACCAUGAACCCUUGGGCUAAUAUGAAGUGGGAUGAUGAUGCUCUCGUUUACUCCACAACUAUCAGUCUGCGCAUGCCAAGGUCAGAUAAAAAUGUGGAAAUCAAUAUGCUGACGUCCGUCGAGUGCCCUCCUGUGGCUGACAUUCGGGUCUUCUGGACUAAUGAUGAGGUCGGAAAGGUCACGGUUGGGAAUACAAUCUGUCUCGGUGUGAACCCGGGAAUCGUGGAGUGGGGGAGACAGCAGACCUUUGAGUUGCUUUCUUAUAUAUUUGGAAACAGGAUGAAGCCCGGGGUCAUGGAAUUCCCAUAUUUGUUUGUUCCUCUUCAGCCAGGCGAAUGGGACUGCUCCAAUCUUGGACGAAUUACGAACGCUUUAGACGGCUAUAAUCAAUUUGGUCCAAGCUGUGAUAUUGUGAUUAACGACAUUUUACAGAGUAACUUACGACUUGUCGUCAAAAAUUGGCGAACAGAUCUGUCGCCCCUGGAUGUACCUGCACUUGUUGAAAGAUACGGCAAAAAGCACAUAAAAAAGGACCAGCCAAUCAUCGAAGCAGUCAAAAUCACUAAACGCCGAGAUUUCCUUCACGAGGAAGCAAAUCAACCCAGCUCUGAAUCUACAAUACUUCUGCUCCCACAGUACUGUACUCUUGAGAGAGUCCCAUGGCGCUUUUAUCAACUGGGACUAUUUCUUCCGGGCAUCAUUCGCCGGAUUGAGAUACACCUUAUUGCGGCGGAUCUACAGCGGACGCUACUAGCACCGGUUGGUAUCCAUGAUAUUUCUCUCAUUGUCACCUCAAUAUGCGCAUCUGCUGCCCGUGAGGCAAUUGACUACCAAAGAUUUGAGUUCCUCGGUGAUUCAGUGCUUAAAUUCCUCACCAGCGUCAACCUUGUCGAUGAGCACCCGCUUUGGCACGAAGGCUACCUCGCCCGGAAAAAGGACCAGCUAGUUUCAAACGCCCGGCUAGCCAAAGCAGCGCAGGACAAGCGACUAUCGAGGUGGAUCAUCACCUCGAUCUUCACGGGGAUGAAAUGGGCGCCGCACUACAUCCGGAACCCCGAAAUACUCAAAGACGCCGACGAUGUUGAAACCCCUAGCGGCAAGAAUGAGCUAUCGACCAAGAUCCUCGCUGACGUUGUCGAAUCCCUCAUCGGUGCAUCUUUCCUCGAAGGAAGUUACGAAAAGGCGCUGAAGUGUAUAAACCUUUUUGUACCCGAAAACGAACUCAAGCCCCUCCCUCUACGCAUCAACUCUAUGGUCUCUCGCGCCGCAAUGCUUCAGCCCAGCACCUCGAACCUCCGUGACCUUGAGAAGCUCCUAGGCUACACCUUCCGCCACAAAGCGCUCCUCGUCGAAGCUAUCACGCACCCCUCCUAUACCUCCGACAUGAGCUCUAUCUCCUACCAGCGUCUCGAGUUCCUUGGCGACGCCCUUCUCGACAUGCUUGUGGUUCCAUGGCUUUUCCACCACGAGGAUGAGCUCUCCCACAUCAACAUGCAUCUCUUCAAGGCUUCGGUCGUCAACGCCGACUUCCUCGCCUUCCUCUCCCUCGGCUUCGCCACAAAUGUUGGAGAUGCAACCGUCGUUGAGUCUGCCCGCCGCGGCCGCCGCCAAUCAACUUUCGAGCUCGUGCCAAAGGACCGUAAAAUCCAGUUAUGGAAGUUUGUCCGCCACCAGCACCCGGAGAUGGCGUCUGCGCAGACCAAGGUCUGGCACAGCUAUGAUGCAGAGGGCUUCCGAGAUAUUAUUCAGGAGGCUCUCGACAAGAGCAAAAAUUACCCGUGGACGGCGCUGUGCGGGCUCGAGGCGGAUAAGUUCUUUUCUGACAUUGUUGAGGCGCUUCUCGGUGCAAUCUUCGUAGACUCGGGUGGAGACUUUGGGCCAGUGACGGAGUUUGCGGAGCGGCUGGGGAUAUUAAGGACGAUGCGCAGGUUGGUGAGAGAUGGGGUGGACGUUACCCAUCCAGUCAAGAAGCUUGGUGAGCUUGUGGCGGCGGACGGGCAAGGGACAGUCACGUAUCUGCCUAGUUUGGCUAGAGGAGGGAAGCAUACAUGUACGGUGCAGAUUAAUCAGAAGACUUUGGUAAAGAUUGAGGGCGGGAGUAGUAGGGCGGUGGCGAGGGUGAGGGCUGCAGAGGCAGGAUUUCAUACAUUGGUGUAA